GAAAUUUAAAACUUUCGAUGAUCAAGAUUGACGAGCAUUUCAUUGUGUUUAUCUUAAAUUUAAAUUUAGUAUAAAAUAUAAAAAAUAACUUUUGGAGUCUCUAUUUUACACUCUUGAAAAUUUGAAAUGGAUAAAGGUAAAAGAGGACGCGCAAGGGGCAUUGUCUCAAGUAAUCAGUCUAAACCACCAAGUGGACGCGGAAGUGGUUCAAUUGAAGGCGGAUCAACUUCUAGAGGGACAGUGGCACCAGCACAACCAGUUUGGGCACAAGCUGGUACAAGUACUACAAGCACGGGAGCCAGUACAAUUACUGCAGCACGUGCUCUGUUAAGUGGUCCGAGGCCAAGUGCGCCAUCCGUGUCUACUGUUGGCAGAGGAACAUCCCACAGAGUUGAAGAAGUGGCACCCGACUCAAAAGCUCGUGCAGAUAUUGGAAAUGGUGGGAAUGGCUCACGUGGUGCUUUAAGAGGCAAACGGGUUAUCAAUGAGAUAAUAAUAACAAAACCUAAGCAGUGUACGUCUAAAAAAGGUACAAUUGGGCAAGAAGUAGUUUUACAAAGCAAUUAUUUUCGCACAAUAAAGAAGCAUGAUUGGAGUUUAUAUCAAUAUAGAGUUGACUUUUCUCCUGAUAUUGAGCAUUUACGUGUAAGAAAAGGAAUAAUAUAUAGUCAUCGUGAACGUUUUGGUGGUAAUAUUUUUGAUGGAACGGUUCUUUUCUGUUGUAAAAUGUUAGAUGAAAAGGAUCUAGAAAUUGCAACAAAAAAUAAUAACGGGGACAUAAUUAAAGUAACGUUGAAAUAUGUGGGGGUACUUGAACCAACUGACUAUCAAACUUUACAAAUUUUGAAUCUGAUAUUAAGAAAAUCGAUGGAUGGUUUAAAACUUCAGUUGGUCGGUAGAAAUUUUUUUGAUGCCAUGGCAAAGGUUGAUAUAAGAGAAUAUAAAUUAGAAUUAUGGCCGGGAUAUAAAACAUCGUUUCGUCAACAUGAAAAAGAUAUUCUUCUAUGUUCAGAAAUUAUAUACAAAGUUAUGAGAACUGACACUUUGUAUAAUAUUUUACAAAAGAAAAUUCAAGAAGAACGAAAUUUUCAAGAUGUUUUUAAGAAAGAAGUGAUUGGAAUGGUGGUAUUAACGGACUAUAACAAUAAAACGUAUCGUGUAGACGACGUGGAUUUUAAAGCAUCACCAAAUAGCACGUUUGAAACUAAAAAUGGGCAAAUUACUUAUGUUGAAUACUACAAAAAGCGUUAUAAUGUUAAUAUUAGAGAUCCUAAACAACCAUUGUUGAUUUCCAAAUCUACUGAAAAAAAACUACGUGGUGGAGAAAAUGAGUUUAUAAUGUUAGUGCCAGAGUUAUGUCGCGCUACAGGUUUAAGCGACCCUAUGCGGAGUAAUUUUCAAUUAAUGCGAGCAGUUUCAAAUCAUACCCGUUUAACACCAGUUAGCCGCAUAGAUCGUUUAAAAGCUUUUAAUGAGAGGUUAUAUAAUACAAGAGAAUCAAUGGAAGUUCUUAACACAUGGAAGUUAAGUUUGGAUAAACAUUUAGUAGAGUUACCAGGUAGAAUUCUGCAAUCCGAAGACAUAUUUUUUGGAAACAAUGCAAGAGUAAAGACAGGUCCGGAAGCUGAUUGGACGCGUGAAUUCAGAGGAAAUUCUAUGUUUGUAUGCGCCAUUUUGAAACGGUGGUAUGUAAUUGUUCCCACAAGGAGUCAACGAGAAGCUAGCGAUUUUGUAAGAGCAAUCAUAAAAGUAGCAGCUGGUAUGAAAAUGCAAAUUUCGGACCCAAGAACAAUUACAUUGAAUGAUGAUCGAAACAGUACAUAUGUUAAUGCAAUUGAAAAUUGUUGUCGCAGUGACCCUCAAUUAAUUUGCUUGGUUGUUCCUAACGAUAACGCUGAGAGAUAUAGUUGCAUAAAGAAAAAACUGUGCGUUGAUCGCGCUGUGCCAUCUCAAGUAAUCGUACAUAAAACCAUUGCUCCCAAGCAAGGUAAGCCUAGUGGAUUAAUGUCUGUUGCAACUAAAGUUGCGAUUCAAAUGAAUUGUAAAUUAAUGGGUGCACCUUGGACAAUUCAUAUACCGUGUAAAGGACUAAUGACUGUGGGUUUUGAUGUAUGUCACUCUACGAGAGAUAAGGCGAAGUCAUAUGGAGCUAUGGUAGCUACAAUGGAUUUAAAAGUUAGUACAAAAUUCUUUAGUACUGUAUCUGAACACGUUAAAGGUGCUGAAUUAUCCAACGAAAUUUCAACAAAUAUGACAAAAGCAUUGCGUGAAUAUCGUGAAGUGCAUGGUACUUUACCAGAUCGAAUCUUAUUUUAUCGCGAUGGAGUUGGUGAAGGUGCCCUAAAUCAAGUUUUCGAACAUGAAGUGAAAUAUUUAAAAGAAAGCUUGGAUAAAAUUUACCAAACUGCAAAUAUUCCAAAUGGUUGCCGUUUUUGCUUUAUAGUUGUUUCUAAACGUAUAAGCACUAGAUAUUUUUUGAAUAAGGCAAAUCCGCCACCAGGAACGGUAGUUGACGAUAUUAUUACAUUACCCGAGCGUUAUGACUUUUAUUUAGUGUCACAAUCCGUUAGACAAGGUACGGUAUCACCUACAUCAUACAAUAUUUUAUACGAUUCAAUUGGUUUAGAUGCAAAUCAGUUGCAGGUAUUAACAUAUAAAUACACACAUUUAUAUUAUAAUUGGUCAGGUACUACAAGAGUACCAGCUGUAUGCCAAUACGCUCAUAAAUUAGCAUUUCUUGUUGGACAGUAUAUUCAUCAAAGUCCAAGUUCAAUAUUAGAAAAGCAAUUAUAUUUUCUAUAAAAUAUUUUUAUGCAAUGUUUAAUUUGAUCUGACAAUAUUUGGAGUUUUCUCCAAAAAAAAAAUUAAUAGGAAAUAAGGCAUUAUAUUUUUAUAAAGGAUGAGAAUUAACGUAUAUAUACUUUUUUAUAUUGAAUAUUCUUUUUUUUUACUAUUUUAAUGAAUAAAAUAAAAUUGGCAAAGCUUA